CUGGUCGAUAACUCCUGACGGCACUUGAAUCUUGACUGGGGGAACCGUGCUGUACCUUUGUUUUAUUUCAAAGUGUUGAUUUAGUUAUAUGUGAUAUUUAUCGUAUUUGACCCCUGUUGUAACCAUAAGAAAUAUAUAAGGAAGCUGAGGGGAAACAAAAGCAACCGUUGCAGUAGUAAGAGAGUCUAAUAUUGGCGCUAAGGGCAGCUGACAGGCUGACUUCUGUAAUUAUAGCACUGUCUGGUGCAGGGCAAAUAUUUCACGGGCACUGGUUGGCAUUCCGCUUUCCUAAAGGCGCAGGGACGCUGCCAGAGAUAGGGACGUAAGGGAUAGGAGAGUGAGGUAGAAGAGAGCAAGAGGGUGAGAGUGAAAUCCCUACACUGACAGGAAGGAGAUACGCGAGAUAGAAGUGGAGAUUACACCGGAGCAGCAUGUUCCUGAUCACGCUUGGAUUCCACCUUCAGCUCCUUUUCUGCUGUGUGUUGUCCCACUCUGCUGUCUUGGACAACAUUUUCUCCUUCCAAGCAGCUUUCCAAUCAUUGGAUCAAAACAAGAAGUUCAACCCAUGCUGUCUGCUGUCUCCUCCCCCUCCUCCACUGUUCCCUCCUCCCCCAGUCCUCUGGCUGAGACGCAGUUCUAAUAAAGACGAAGGUCCGGUAGUUGAACCUGAAAAGCCCACUGUUUCCACCUGUGCCCCGGGACCUCCAGGUCCCGCCGGACCUCAUGGCCCUCAGGGUCCAAUGGGAAUACCAGGAUUGCAGGGACCAAAGGGAGAAAAGGGUGAAAUCGGAAGACCUGGAGCAAAGGGUCGAACAGGUCCACCAGGUCUCCCAGGGCGACAGGGACCACCUGGGUGGGCAGGACCAAAGGGGCCCAAAGGUGAAAAGGGAGACCCAGGGCUUAUGGGUCUACCUGGAGCAAGAGGACCAAUGGGGCCUAAGGGCUUGCCUGGAUACAAAGGUGAAAAGGGGUCUCGAGGAGACCGUGGCGAGCGUGGGCUGAAAGGGGACAAGGGUACAAUGGGUCUCCCUGGAAUGCUGGGACAAAAGGGUGAAAUGGGUCCAAAGGGAGAGCCCGGUGUCCCCGGGAACAGGGGGCCUACUGGUCGGCCUGGCAAGAGGGGCAAACAGGGAAUGAAGGGAGAUCCUGGGGUUUUUGGCGCUAUGGGUCCUGCAGGUCCUCCUGGCCCCAUUGGCCACCCCGGGCCUCCAGGCAUGCCUGCUUCAGGGGUCUUUAUGGUUGGACCGAAGGGUGAGAGGGGGCUUCCUGGAGCCCCUGGUCGAUGCAACUGUAACUCCCCCAUGAGUGUCAACAGCCCCCCCAACGAUGAACACUCGUCCUGGAGCGCCUAUGCAAAAGUACCUGCGAUAUUUGUGGUAAACAGUGAAGAGGAGCUGGACCAUCUUCACACUGACAAUGCACUCGCUUUCCGAAAAGAUCAGAGGUCACUUUAUUUCAAGGACAAUGCUGGAUGGUUUCCCAUUCAGCUGACCCCCUUCCAGUCUACAGAGAAUGCCCCAGAUCUGGAGGGCUUCUGUGGUGAUGGUAUUGUCCAGGCCUACAAUGGAGAGGAGUGUGAUGAUGGAAACAAAGUGGUCACAGACAGUUGCAUCAAGUGCCAAGAAGCAUACUGUGGUGAUGGAUAUCGUCAUGAAGGAGCAGAGGAGUGUGAUGGAAAAGACUUUGGUUUCCAGACAUGUAAAUCAUAUCUUCCAGGGUCUUAUGGGCAGCUCAAGUGCACAGAGCACUGUCUCAUUGACUCCACAAACUGCAAGUAUUUUACAUGAGGGAAACAGGGGAGCAUCUGCUGGAUCCCACUGUGUCACAUGUGCCUGUUACCUAACAGCACUGAGGCAAUGCAAAAUCACUGCAAGUGAAACAAGAAAAGAAAUGGCAACAAACUCGCCAAUGUAAAAACCAUAAGCAUAAUCUCUGUUUGUUUGCUGCUGAAAGAGCAUAUAGCAGAUGUCAGGAUUUUAUUUUUAUUUUUUUACCCGGUAACAGGAAAACGUACAGGACCACUGCAUUUCUGUCUUAACAAUAACUCAACCAGAGCUUCACUGGCUCUGCUAGCUCCACUUCUCUGUUCUCUGGAGCUUGGCUACAGGUCUGAGGACAAAGCCUUUCUAUGAGGGGUGUGUUCUGAGAAAAAGAAGCCAAUCACUAUGGGAGACUCGACCGGUGGAAGCAGAGCAACAUUACCUCGACUUAGGACUGUUAAAGAGAACAUUCAGGUCAUUGGAAGAUUUCAGAUUGUCCACCCCCAAGGGUGCUGUGUAUUUAAAUACAAUGUGAAUUAAUAUAAUAUUUGCAUGUGACUGAGCGUCAUGUUUCCAAGGCAACAAGAGUUACCUGGAAAGCAUGUAACUGAGGCAACAGGACUGUUACCGUAAGCUAUGUACAGUUAUAAUGAGUAGAUUGACUGUUCCACAUUUGUGUUCAAGGUCAGGUAUACAAUUGUGCUUUGAACCAGAUGACAGAUAGUAUAAUCAUCUUGAACUGAAUAACAGGGCCUUGUUCAUGAAGUUACAUGUUUCUUAUAAAAGGGACAAAAGCAGAUGGCCAAGGGUAUAGGCUGAGAAAAAGCUCUUGGUCAAAGCUGACCGGCCAAAAGUCCCCCAUUACGAGAGCAUAUAUAAAUAUAUGCUUUUAUGUGAGCUUUGUGACCUUUUUGACAUUCUUAGGUCAGCCUAUGGUCUUGCAAAGCUCAGAUCUAAGGUUUGUGUGGCAUGGUCAACAGUGACUCAGGAAACCAAUCGUUAAACCAUUAUUGCCACACAAAUAUAUGUAAAACAUUGAUAAACUAAUACAUAACACAAAGUAAGGGGGCAGGAAGAUUUGUUAUUGAAAGUGAAAUCUCACUGUAUUUCUUCAGUAUGUGUGCUUUGGUGUCGUACAUUGGCAUACUGCUGGAAACCCUGUCCGCAUGGCUUGCAGCCAGUGAGGGAAAGAGAUUAAUUAAUUUGUAUUUUCAUUAGUUAAGUGGGCAGAGCAAAUCUCUUGGUGCUUAUUGUAAAACGCUGACUACUUCCAAAAGGAGACUACAGUUUCCUCAUGCUAUUUGCUGCAGAGUGACUGUUAGGAUACUGCAAGGCCCACUGCCAUCAGUAUGUAUCCUGCUUCAUUUUCAGAGCUCAACUAUACAUAUGACAUACCUCGUCAUCCGGCCUGCCUGCAUUCGCUGUGGCUGUCUCUCCUGUCACCAGAAUGUGUAUAAAAGGUUAUAAUUGAGAGUGAUCAACAACAUGUGGAGGCUUCACCUACUAUAGGGUACUUGAAGGCUCACAUGCCCAUUUCAUUAAAAAGCCAUUUCAACAAAAAUGUGAAAUACACCCAUAUAGUAUUAGACUGGUGUACUACUCAUUUCCUUUUCCAUUUUAUCUGUUUUAAAUACAAAGGCAUUGAAGCAGACAUGAUAUUUGUCUGGAUGUGUAUCUAUGUAAUCUGCUUUACCCAUGUAAUAUAUGGUUAUAAUAAAAUUGAAUAUGCUAUGAUGUAAUGUGAUAUUUAUAUAAGCUACAGGUGGUAGUGCGAUUGUGAUGUGGUAAAGUUGCAUGUUCAUGGUUCAGUACCAUUUAAACUACAACCAAUUGCCAAAGAGUCGAUGUGAAUUUCUAAGUCUGAAAAGUGAACAUAAAACACAAUCGACACUAUGUUACAUUGUUAAUAAAUUAAAAGAUGCUCCUCUGCAAGUAAAUUAAAGCUAAUGUAUUACGUACCUGCUGGUAGCAUGUUAAAAAUCAUUAUCAAAAACUUGUGAAAUGGUGUAUGUUCUGUCAUUUUGAGAAGGGAAAAGCAUAUAUAAGCAUUAGCUGAGCCUUAAUUGUACUCCCAACAUGAUUUAUACAGACAUAUUGUGGAUGAAUAAAAAAUACAGAAAGUUAA